AUGUUUUGGUACGCGAUACUUCUGCUUUAUGCGCAGAAGGUGGCGGCAGAGCCGUACACGAAUGAUGACUUGAUGUCCUUUGUGACCCUGCCCGAUGCCAGGGCCGUGAAAUUCGACAUCGAGACCCUGGAUCGCAAUCGAACUGCACCAGGCUACUGGUUCGUCUCGCCAUAUCUGCAUAUUGAACCGGAUGGACAAUCGAGCCUAUACGAGCAAUACCAGACCGGUCCACACAUUUACGAUGAAGAUGGGACCCUUAUCUGGACUGGUACGAUGCAAUUUGAAAACCGCAAUGUCUUCGACUUCAAGGCCAUCAACUGCUUCGACAACAAAACCUAUAUCUCGAUGAUUCUACAGUAUUCUUACGACGGUCGCGAACGUGGUUAUGGCAUGAUUUUAAAUGAGAAGUACGAGACGUACCGAAAACUCCCGCUGCGCAAAGACCUCGGCGUGUUCGACAUUCACGAGUUCAAGGUUCGAGAGGAUGGAAAGUCCGCCCUGGUCACCGUCUACCUGUCCGAGGAGAUUAGCCUUGCGGAAUUCGGCCGCCCGGACGAGAAAACGUUCCUUGAGACUGGCGGAUUCGCUGAAAUCGACACCACUACUGCGGAGGUCAUCUACGAUUGGAGAUCUUACGACCAAAUUCCACUGUCCGAGACCAUUCAUUACCACCCAGACUCCAGGCCGGAAGGACCCCCUGGCUGGGAUUACGUGCAUAUCAACUCCGUGGACAAGAAUGAUGCUGGCGAUUACCUGAUCUCUAUGCGUUUCACCAAUACUCUUUAUAUGGUCUCCGGUCUUGAUGGUAAGAUCAUGUGGCGACUGAACGGCGUGAACGGAGGUGACUUUGAUUCGGAUUUCAUCUUCUCAAAGCAACACGACGCCAAGUUCCAAGAGUCUUCAGGCACUCGCCACGUCAUCUCAUUCAUGAAUAAUGCGUCAGACGAGGAGUUUCAGGAGGAGACCAUCUCGGCAGCCAUGAUCGUGGAGGUGGAAACUGGCACCACCCCGAUGACAGCUCGAGUUGUCAAACGCUACGACCGCCCCGACGGGGACCUCACUCGCCUUCGUGGUAAUGCACAGGUUCUUCCUAACAAGAACAUGUUCGUAUGCUGGAGCCAGGGUGGCUACAUCUCCGAACAUUCGCCCGAGGGUGACCUUCUGAUGAGUGCGAGAUUCACAUCAUCACGCUUCUCCAACUACCGCGCGUACAAGUUCGAAUUCACCGGUCGCCCAGCUAUCCCUCCGGAUCUUGUCUCAUCUGUUUGGGGCAGCGACGAGACGAACCUGGUCACCACAAUCUGGGUGAGUUGGAAUGGAGCUACCGACGUCGCCUCGUAUAACUUCUACGCUCAAGCUUCGCAAUUCGAUGCGCCCGUGUUCAUUGGUAACAUCUCCAAGACCGGGUUUGAGUCGAUGUUCAUGGCCUCUGGGUACGUUGAUUGGGUUUCGGCUGAAGCUGUGGACCGCGAUGGCAACGUCAUGAGUACAUCGCGCAUACAACGCACUCAAUUCCCUGAAUUGGAAGCAGGUCGGGUGGUCAGGCCUCGACCGAAGGAUCCAUCAAGGGUUCUCGGGGAAAGUGAUGCUGUUGGCUUAUUGCAUGACAAGGCCGACGGCAGCACCUUCUCGACACUAGAUGACACCGCCGAAGCUCAGAACCGCAAGGCGACGCAGAUUCUUGCAAACACAUACGAGGCAAUGCGCAGCAUUGGUGGAAUUUUUGCGCUCAUUUUGCUGCUGGCUGUGAUGUGUGGCAUCAUGGCUAGUUAUUUGUUGAUUCGAGGCUGGCGGGUCCGUCUCUAUCAACGCAUUACGUCAAAGGAGGAGAGAUACACCGAAGAGGAGGAACGUCUCCGAUCGGAUGACGAUUAA